AUUAUGACGCGCGGUGACGUAGAGCUGACGGUGUGGUCUGAGACUGUGGAGUUUCCCCUCAGUGUCGGCGGAGUUUUCGCGGUUGUUUCGCUGCCAGAUUCCCUGAAUGGGGAUGGCGAGCGGAGAAGAUGUAUCCGAGUACCUCAGACAGAACCGGGAAACGGCCGCCUGGGUGGAGAGUGUGAGAGGGGAGUGCGAGUCGGACAAGGUGUGGCGGCACCGGAGAGAGUUCAUACUGAGGAAUAUGAGCGACUUCUGCGAGGACGAGCAGCAGCCGCCGCCCCCCGAGUCCGGCCACAGGGGCCUGGACCGGCUGCUCUCCUACUCCAUGGUGUGGGUUAACCAUGUGUUCACCGGCUGCCGUUAUCCUCCACCAGUUAUGGAUAGAGCCCUUAAAAUGGCAGAAAAUAUAAAGGUGACUGAUGCCCCAGUCCAUACAACCCGCGACGAACUGGUUUCCAAGGUGAAGAAAAGAGGGAUUGCAAGUAGCAAUGAAGGGAUAGAAGAUGAGCCUUCCAAAAAGCAGAGGUCUACUGAUGAAGCCUGGAGACAGUCAGAGGCUGACAGCCAGCAAAGUUCAAAUGCUAGUGCUGAAGAUGGCCGUCACAACGAAGCAGAAAAGACAGGUUCAGGCCACCAUGAACCUGCCGCUCAGGAAUGGAAAAGUAACUCUCGCCCUGCCACAAAAGUGCAGGCACAGGCUAAUACAGGGAAAAGUACUCGCAGACUGACCUCCGAGGACGUCAAGUGCCGCCAGCCGUUCUUUAGCAGACUGUACAAAAGAGUAGCUUGGAAGUUGGUAUCUUCAGGGGGUUUCAGCCUCAGUCUCAAUCAUACAGAAGUUUUGAGCUCGUCUGUUGAGUCUUUAAGCUCUACACUGGACAUUGCUUUUGUGCCCCUGAAGGACCUGGCAGAUUUGCCACAAAAUAAGACCACCCAGGAGAAUGUAGUGUGUGAACUGAGGUGCCAAGGUGUCUAUUUAGGCAUGGGCUGUGGCAAAACAAAAGAAAAUGCCAAAGCAGUGGCCUCCAGGGAGGCAAUAAAAGUUUUCCUGAAGAAAAAGGUAGUAGUGAAAAUAUGCAAGAGAAAAUACUGUGGUCAGGACGUUGAGGACUUGGCACUACUGGAUGAGGAAUCUCGCUGCCCAAACCUGCCCCCUGCAGUGAAAAACCCCCGCGAAGUAAUAUGAGAGGUCUUUACGUUUGGACUUGAUACAGAAAUAGAUGCCUCAUACUUUAUACAGUAAAUGUUACCUUUAUCACAUAUUUCUAUUUUUGUUUCCUUGAGUUUUAAUAGGUAAAAUGUUACCAAUCUUAACUGGAGUGUUUUGCUACAGAACUUGAAGUUUUUUUUCCUAACUAGGUUUUUGACUUGUGCAGUUUUACAUGUAUGAAAACAUUGAUAUGAUUUUAAUGUUAUUUUAUGAUUAUUUGAUAUGUGGCAAUCCUUUACAGUUUGGUGCGUUUUGUCAGUAUCAUUUUCUCUACAUCCAUAAAGUUUCCUGAAAUAGAUUUGAUUUCUUUUUUUCAUAUUUAUUGGAUCUUUUUAGAUGUUUAAUAUUAGAGAUCCUCAGAAUAUCACUGCGGCAACAAAAAUAGCUUUAUUUUCCAUUAACUGUUUAUAUUCCAGUCUACUUCCGAUGAUUACAUAUUUGACAUAAUUAAACCUGACUUUCUUAGCAGCAUUUCUAUUUUACGUUCUUAUUUCAUUUUACGGCCACCUGCACGCGAUGGAGGUGAGUGCACAUAAGAUCCAUGCGGAUUUAUGUACAUUUCUGAACCAAAAUCUGCAAUUUCUAAUUGUGGAUUUUGGUGCAAAUUAGAUUAAGUUUUGCAGCAGAUCUCACCCUUCAUUGGAAAAGGA